UGCUUGCAGAAAAAAGCUGGCAGUGCUUACAUUUAGGUUAGGAUUCAUAUUAAAUUCUGCUGCGCACGCUUAGUACGUCAUGCAGUAAAUGCCAGAUUGUGUGGAUUUACAAAACUGCGAAAUGGAUUUGUUAAAUUUUCGAAAUACGUUUGAAUGGAUGGCAUUGAACUACCAUGCGGACGAGAAUGGAGCGCAAAGAGUUCACCAUCGCUUUGUGCACGAUGCCAAGCUAGUGAUCGAAGCUUUACAAAUUGCAGCUAGCCAAGAUGGAAUCGCCCUUUAAGAACUGCCUAUGCGCUCUGCGCAAGACAGCUUCCUUGGUGAACGGCAUAGAGAUGGACAUGCCGCUGAGCUUUGAGGUGUUUUUGCCCAUACGCUUGCCCAUUGCGCUGAAGCGCAGCUUCAACAAAAAGCAGCGCACCGUGCAAAUGAGCAAAUGCGAUUAUAGGCAUCCGUUUUUCUUUGGCAAUUCGCUGAGUGCCAAGUACAUGAACAUCAGGCUGAAAAACGAUCUGAGGAAAGCGGUGGCGCAGCUGGCACCCCUGGCUGGCUACUGGGGCACAAUCUACGACAUUGAGUAUGAGCCACUGAAGUACAAUCGCGUGCCCUUUGCUCAUCAGCUGUACGCGAAGGAUCGCUAUGAUGGGGAACGCAGCAUACGCUUUGAUUUCAUACUUGCAGUGGAGUUUAAUGGCGCCGAGGCGCCACUGCCGGCUUACUACAAUGCGCCCCAGAGCUACAAGUGGUGGGCCUAUGGACUGGUGGCGGUGGACAACAGCUACAAUCCCGUCCACUGGGGCGUCCUACUGCCAUGCUGGCAAAAUGCCACCAUUGCAGUGCUGCUGCGUUGCCACAACAUGUUGCUGCUGCUGCAUCGGCUGCUGUAUGCGCAGCGUUGUCACUGCCUAAAAUGUCCGAUGCUGCUCAAGUUGAGUUUCUUUAUGACUGCGCUGGAUAAAGGCGAGCAGUUCAAAAGCAUGAGUGUGGCGGAGCUGAUAAUUAAUUCUUUGGGUCAUCAGGUCUUUCGCAACUUCUGUGAGCUGCUAGUGCUGUCCACUGUGGGCGAUUAUAAAAAGAACGCAAUCAGAAGCAGGGCGCUGCGGCAACAGCAAGUGCGCGGAAAAGGAAUCUUCGCCAUGCUUGCGAAGGGGCAGCAGCUGAAUGUCAUUAGUAGUCAGUUUAUAAUGGAGUACUUUCAAUUGGCCAAGCAUCCAGUGAUGAUCGAAGUAAUGAAAGGGAUAGCAGAAGAGACAACUUCAAUGCAGCAUAUACCGCCGCUAGUGGAGGCAACUAGCCGUCGCAAGCGCCGACGUAGUAUUUAAAUGCGUAACCCUAAACUCUAAAGUUAAAUUGUGCAUAAGACGGUGGUGCUUAUGCUUAAUGCACUAGGGUUGCAUUGCCAGCAGAAAUUUGAGUAAAUUGUAAAUUGGUCAGUCAUUUGUAAGAGACAACAGCAACAAGCCAAGCGACUUAGUGUCAAAUCUCAGUAAUUGCGCAACUUUUAUGCCCAAAAAUAAGUGGAACUGUCUGCACACACACACACACACACAUACACAAAAGUACACUUAUGG